CAACCAGCCCCAGCUGUGGCUCUGCUGUUAUCAUGACUACCAGGUGAUGGUCUCACCUGGCUGCAGACACACAGAGACAACAUGCAGACUGCUGCGCUCCUCACCGGACUUUUGUUUAUCUGCAAGUUCACAGAAAAAGCUGAAGGUCGAACGGAAGGAUUCGUAGAUGCUGAUGUUCAGUCGGCGUGUCGGGAUCGUUACCUGUGGAUCCACGUGACCUCAGCACAGACGCCUCAGUUUGAGGCUGUAGAUGGGAAUGGCGUCCACUCCAUCAGCGAGCUGCUCGCCUCACACUGCGGUUACACCAUCAGUACCUUCAAGAUGGACGGCUUUACCACCUUAAGAGCUUCAUACUACUCCUGCUUCACACACAACCAGAAUGACGAGGUGUUCACCUUCAGAUUUAACGUGAUAGUUAAAGAUGCUGGUGGAGAGAGGGUGAGACGGCCCGUCUCUGCAGUGUGUUCUGGACUGAUGUGGACUCAUCGAGAGAUGAUCUGUGAAGAGGACUACAUGGAGGUGAACGUGAACAGAGAGUCGUCUUGUGGAGGUCAGCGGGGGGGCAGUGGACAGGUGUGGCAAGCCGCCUUCUCUCAGGCUCAGGGGAUGGCGAGUUCUGUCUGGCAGCUGAUGUUCCUGCACAGUGAUGGGCGGGUGUCCUCCAUGUCCACCGGUGAAGCCCAGCGGGGGGGCUACAGCCUGACCUCCACCGCCCGCAGGGUGGUGCUUCGUUCUCGGUACAAACGGCUGCACUCUGAGCUGACCAUGGUGGAGGGCGUCCCGGUGGAGGUCGUCCGGGUGUCUCUGUUCUUCAGGCAGAAGCUGACGGUGGUGCUGAUCGACGUGUCCAUGGCGUGCACAGUCAAUACUGGUUCUUUCGACGGUGCCCGGCUGCUGUUGGAUGUCCCCCGGGUCGUGACCCCUCUGGUCGGGGAGGGAGCCAAGUUUGAAAGUCGGAGCCUCAGUCUGGGGGUGGACGGGGUUCUGCUGGACAAAGCCACCGCUGAAACCAGAGGAUUCAGUCUGGUCCAACAAGGAAAUCUGGUCCAGGUCGGGGUUCCUUUUGGGACUGAGGGCGGCUACAGGAAGAGCUUGGUGGUGGACAAUGUGUACAAGGAGACUUAUGUGAUCUUCCUGCUGUACGAACACGUCUUCUCGCUGAUUUAUGAAGAUGGUAGCAGCAUCGACUCGAGACACCGAAUGCUGAGAGUGCUCAACACGCCGCUGCGCUGCCGUCCACCCUUCGACCUCAACCAGACUAUAAGUGACCACCAGAUGUUCAGGGUCUACCUGGGAAACAUUCCUGCUGAUGUUGUGUUGGAGGAAGUCAGAAUCAACGGGAAGUCGGAGAACGCUGGGCGGACAUACAGCAUCAGUCCUGUUGUUCACAUCAACGGCAGCCGAGCCUACGCGCUGCAGCUGCCCUUCACGGACUCCAUCGUCCACUGGAUGUACCUGGGUCAAGGUGUGGUGCAGUACUCCAUAGAUAUAAACUUCACUUUAACCAUCAUGCCCCAGAGAGACUCUUAUUACCACCACACCUUCAUCACAGCACAAGCUCUAAACGCAUUCCCUCCAGAGGUCACUGCUCAGUGUUCAGACGGAGGAACCACCUUCAGCAUCGUAAGACCGCCGCGAGGCGCGAGUCUGUGGGAGGUGGGCGUCGACCACGAGCCUCUGACAGCAGAGCUGGUCGCCCAAAGAGGGUACCGCCUCCACAGCGACAGCCACAGGACCAACCUGCAGGUCCCUGUGUUCUCCAUCGGAUACACCUAUGAGGGCAUCAACCUGUCAAACUUUUAUGGAACAUUUGAACUUCUUCUGAGAGACUCCAAAUCUCUGGAGGUCCAGACGUCCACGUCCAAACGCUGCCUCUUCAAAACCGAGGACAUGAUAGUCUGUUCUGCAGACGGGACCAUGACUGUGGUGACGACUCCGACCUCCACCUGGCCUACUGUGCAGCCUGAAGGAACCACUCUGCUGGACCCCACCUGUGGACCCAAACAGACUGAUGGAUCCAGAGUCCUGUUUGAGUUCAAGAUAGACUCCUGUGGGACCAGAGCCAUGGCCGGGGAGUUGUACAUGGUUUAUGAGAACGAAGUCCUCCAUGACCGACAGCUGAUUGCAGAUGGACCAAACUUCAUCUCCAGAGAAUCUCAGUUCAAGUUGACAGUGAGGUGCUUCUAUCCACUUAGUGGAGUCAACAGACUGUCUCUCUUCAAAUCAAAGACUCCUGGAUUUGGUUCAGUCAAAGUCUUCGAGAGCCUUAAAGCAGAUUCAGCAAAUAAACUCCCUGCCAAGGCCUGUCCACAUCAGGUUUCUGGAAAUGCUGUUCCAACUAACCAGGUCUAUCAAUCCUACCAAACCCCAGCGGCAGGGAGAGUCCUGCCUCACUCAGACGUCAGGCCUUGGCCCAAACCUGGACCCAGCCGCUUCAUCACAGUACCAGCAGGAAACAACAAGCGCCUGUACUCCUCCCAAAACCUUAAAGGUUUUCCAAACUUUUAUCUUUCUCCUCCUCCGGAAGAAAAAGCCAUCGGUACGCAGCAAAUCCCUCUGCAGGUUUUAGCUCCUCCUGGUCAUCUCAUAUCCCAAACACAGGACAAAUAUGUAUUUGAAUCUCCAAAUAACCACCAUCUCCCCAAUGUUCCUCCAAGAAAUGACCAGUUACCGGACAACAGUGUCCAGACAUUAAACUUCAACUUUGUACAAGUGAGCGGUGAAGGUCCGGGACCAACUGAUGAAAAGCAGACCUUGAGUCCUUCCAAUAGGAUUCCUGAGUCUCCAGUUGUGGAGCAGUUGGAAAGUGACUGGGGAAGCUCUAGUCAGGCUCUGUAUAGUGAUAAUGUUUGGCAAAGUCAGAGUGAAAAGAAAUACAUCCCUGCUAAUGCCAAACUCAUCACAUCCAAAAAUACUCUGUCCGACUUGUCUAAAGAGACAGACGUGUCUGCCAGCACUGAACCUACAUCUACUGCAACCAGCCGGGUCAACCAAAACCUGGAAAGACCAGGAAUAGAUGAAAGGAGGAACAUUGAGACAGUUCAGUCCAGGGUGCAGAACAUCAGAGUCAAACCUCUGAGCAAAUUUGUUUCUUCUGGACAUCAGCUCAAUCAGAAACCUGUUAUCCAACAAGCAAACUCACAAAUCUAUAAUCCCUCCCAGUAUGCCACUGGUUCGAUAGCCGGUGGGAAUAGCAGGGCCUCCCAACAUCUUGCUGAACACAGAGGUUCAACCCUCGGAAGAAAGCAACAUGGUUUCUGGACUCUGUACCCAAACCAGCAAGAACACCAGCAGAAACUGGUCCAAUCAGAGGCUGAGAAAGGAAACGGUGGAGGCAAAGAAUCUACUCAACAAACGGGUGCUUCUCACAUCAGAGUCAGACUUGUUUCCAGUCUCUCAGGACUCCAGACCCACCAUGAACCCAACCCAGAGAGCCCCACUACUCCGUCUGACACCAGAGGAGCAACCAGCGGGACAUCCUACCUCAGCGUCACAGAUGCUGUUGACGUGGGACAAUAUCAACCCAACAACCCCCCCGCAGGAGGAGCUGUUUCUGGUUCAGACCAGACCCACACCGGGCCUGACUGCGGCGGUCAGUAUGGAACCAGUGUUCACCAGGGCAUCAUAAGAGGUAAACAGAUCAGCUGAUGAAGAACAGAAACGAUCUGGUUUAAUAAAGCUUUGGUUUGUUGUAUUCAGCUGGUUUAGAUAUUUAAACUUUUAUUGUCAUGGUACAUAGAAGUUUGGAGCCUGUCGUGCUGUUAUUUUGUGCAUUAGAUAAAAUAAAGAUAAUAUUAUAUACAGGC